AGGAGUUGGGGUGCGGGAGGGGUCUGGGGCACGGGCUGGGCUGAGGCUGGCCUGGAGCUGGGACCGCCUUGUUCGGGAGUUGGACAACAGGUGCAGGAAAUGGCAGGGGCAGUGGUGGGCCUGGGGCUGGGCAGAGGGUGCCGGAAGGGGCAGGGGUGGACAGGGACGGGGUUCAGCCUGAGCUGGGGCAGGGCGGGGGCUGGGCAGGAGGCAGGCGAAGAAGCCGGGGCAGGGUGGGCUUGGGGCAGCUGGUGCCCUCCCUCUGUGUCCCUGCAGUUCGUAGCUCCUUCCGUUGGUCCUUGGAAGCACCCCCAGCCUGCCCUGUCUCCCCAGACCCCCGGCCCUCAGGCCAAGCCAGUCCCAGCUCCUCGUCCCCUCAGCCCCGCACACCUGAGCCCCCUCCAGGCCGGAGGCAGGUUGCUGGGCCGGCCUGGUCCAUCCCCUGCAAACCCUGUCCCACCAGCCAGGUGGCCUCCAGCGCUGCCAAUCCCUUUGCCCGGCCCCUCCCCGCCCCUUCCCCCGCCUCUCGCCCAGCCCCCUCCUCCUCAGGUGAGGCAGCCAGGCCUAGCAGGCCCCGCGCCACCGCCGCCGCUGCCUCUGGGGCCGCCGCUGCUGAGGGGCCACCAUGCUCCUGCCCAGGCCUGGAGACUGACCCUAAACCGGCACCAUCUCUCAGCUCCGCCCCCACCUGCCGGACCCCAGGGUCCCGCCCCGGCCCAGGAGGUCAGCCGGGGAAUCAUUAACUAGAGGCCGUGACAUGGCGGAGAAGGAGGGUGGCCGGACUGUGCCAUGCUGCUCUGGACCCAAGGUGGCAGCUCUCACUGUGGGGACCGUGCUGCUCCUGACAGGCAUCGGGGCAGCGUCCUGGGCCAUUGUGACCGUUCUACUCAGGAGUGAUCAAGAGCCGCUGUAUCCAGUGCAGGCCGGCCCGGCCGACGCUCGGCUCACGGUGUUUGACCAGACGGAGGGCACGUGGCGCCUGCUGUGCUCCUCGCGCUCCAACGCCAGGGUGGCGGGGCUCAGCUGCGAGGAGAUGGGCUUCCUCAGGGCGCUGGCCCACUCGGAGCUGGAUGUGCGGACGGCGGGCGCCAAUGGCACGUCGGGCUUCUUCUGCGUGGACGAGGGGAGGCUGCCGCAUGCCCGGAGGCUGCUCGAGGUCCUUUCCGUGUGCGACUGUCCCAGGGGUCGUUUCCUAGCUACCAUCUGCCAAGACUGUGGCCAUAGGAAGCUGCCCGUCGAUCGCAUCGUGGGUGGCCAGGACACCAGCUUGGGCAGGUGGCCGUGGCAAGUCAGUCUUCGUUACGAUGGAGCACACCUCUGUGGGGGCUCCCUGCUCUCCAGAGACUGGGUGCUGACAGCCGCCCACUGCUUCCCUGAGCGGAACCGGGUCCUGUCCCGAUGGCGAGUGUUUGCCGGUGCCGUGGCCCAGACCUCACCCCAUGGCGUGCAGCUGGGGGUGCAGGCAGUAAUCUACCACGGGGGCUAUCUCCCCUUUCGAGACCCCAACAGCGAGGAGAACAGCAAUGACAUUGCCCUGGUCCACCUGUCCAGCUCCCUGCCCCUCACAGAGUACAUCCAGCCCGUGUGCCUCCCGGCUGCCGGGCAGGCCCUAGUGGAUGGCAAGAUCUGCACCGUGACUGGCUGGGGCAACACACAGUACUACGGCCAACAGGCGGGGGUACUCCAGGAGGCCCGAGUCCCCAUAAUCAGCAGUGAUGUCUGCAACGGCCCCGACUUCUACGGGAACCAGAUCAAACCCAAGAUGUUCUGUGCCGGCUAUCCUGAGGGUGGCAUUGAUGCCUGCCAGGGCGACAGCGGUGGCCCCUUCGUGUGUGAGGACAGCAUCUCUCGGACGCCACGUUGGCGGCUGUGUGGCAUCGUGAGCUGGGGCACCGGCUGUGCCCUGGCCCAGAAGCCAGGCGUCUACACCAAAGUCAGUGACUUCCGGGAGUGGAUCUUCCAGGCCAUAAAGACUCACUCCGAAGCCAGCGGCAUGGUGACCCAGCUCUGACCUGUGGCUUCUCCUCGCUGUGCACGCCUGCAGGGCCCAAGCUGCUCUAGGUGGCUCCAGCCCACAUGAUGGGGUUCACCCUGGGAUGGAACAUUUUUCUUCUUGGGCCCAGCCCACAGGUCCAAGGAUACCCUCCCUCCAAGGUCCUCCACAGUGGCGGGCCCACUCAGCCCUGGGACCACCCAAGCCUCACCCUUCUGACCCCCAUGUAAAUAUUGUUCUGCCGUCUGGGGAGUCCCAUCUAGUGCCCCUGAUGACAGGAUGCUCUUUAAAUAAUAAAGAUGGUUUUGAUUAAUGUGG